AUGGAUUUGGCUACAGCGAAAAAACCUAGGUUAAGAUUAGUUUGCUUGCAAUGCAAAAAGGUCAAGCGGAAAUGUGAUAAACUGCGACCUACUUGCUCUCGAUGCCAGCAAAAUUCAUUAGAGUGUGAAUAUGAAGAGAGAAUAGAUUUAUCUGCCAAUGUUGCGGCAAAUAGUUUUGACAGCUUCAAGACCUCUCAUGAGCGAAAUUUUGAACAGCAACAUGUACUUGAAAGGACUGGACUUAAAUACUCCUUACAAGUGCCCAAAGGUGUUGUUAAUGCUACGCUGUCGAUAUGGAAUGCCGAAGAUAUGCUAGUUAUAGUAGGAUUAGUGACAUUUAUGGAUUACCCGUUUGCUGCGCAUAGUUUGGCGCAAUAUGACCCGUAUAUUAGAGCACUUUGUUCCUCUUUGUACGGCAUGACACUUGUUGACUUUAGUAACUAUGCUAAUGGUAUUCCUUUUGAAGACUCAUCGAGAAAUAUACUGGGCCCAUUGUCUUUCAUAGAAAAGGCCAUUUUUAGACGUAUAGAACAUAGUAAGCUAUUUCGAGUCCAGCCUGCUGCCCUAGGUUUAUUAUACAAUGGGUGUUCUAUGGAAGAAGAUACUUCCCCGGUUUUUCUACCAUCACUCGUUGCUGAAAUUGAAGACGUGUUGAUGCAGAAGAAAGACUGUGAAAUUCUUUUGAAGUGUUUCUACCAUAAUAUUUACCCCCUCUACCCUUUUAUGGACAUUUCACUCUUCGAGAGUGAUCUGACUACAUUGCUUUUGCCAGAUGACAAUAAUCGUUGGAAAAUUAGCACUGAAGGCAAGAAUGUGCGGAAAAAAAUAGAAACUCUGUCGUUACUUACAAUAGUCAUCGUUAUGGCUUUGAAGCAUUCAACGUUGGAUGUUGAUCUUCUUUCCAUGGUAAGAGCAAGUGCCUCUGAAAGUGCCAGAAAACUUUCUCUUUUAUGUCACAAACUACUAUGCCUACUUGAUGUAUUUCGCUAUCCAAAUGAGAAUACAUUUACUUGCCUCUUAUAUUUCUAUGUUUCAGAACACUUGGAUCCUGAAAGUCCUGAUUGUGUACUGAAUCGCACCAACUUGCUUACUCUGAGCCAUCUCUCAAACUUGUCCAUGACAUUGGGUCUUCAAUAUGAGCCUUCAAAGUACAAACGUUUCAAAGAUCCGCAAGUGAUGAGGCAGAGACGGAUAUUAUGGUUAGGAGUUCAGUCUUUAAAGUUCCAAAUUUCUCUUGCUGAGGGUGAUAGUGAUAAAUCAAAUAGUGAGUAUAUGGAAGCAUUUUUGGCAGACUUCGAGGAGAUUGACGCUUCCUCAGAGUAUGAAAAAAGUUCCUUGGGAGACUUGGACAUGCAACUGUACGAUAUUGUUUGGAGCAAGUACAAAUUUCACAUCAUUCUAAGCAAGCUAGUUUCUGAUUGCACUUCGAUUAUACGGCAUCCGCAGCUUUUCAGUAUUUUGGAGAAUGUUAAAAGAUCGGAAGAUUUUAUGGCUGAAAACUUUCCCACAGGUUUGAUUUACCAACCUCUUCAUGAAAAGAAACUAAGUGCUAUAAAACUUGGCAGAGAUACCGUACUCGAUGCUAAGGAUGUUGAAAGAACUGAAAUAUUCUUGACAAAUAUUGUGGGGCGUACAUGUAUUCUAAACAUCUUUGACGUCCUAUCGUUACAUUUUGAAAAGAAAUGUAUUAUGCAUUGGGAAGAAUACGAAAAGAACUAUCAUUUCCUUACUUUGAAAAGUAUUACUGUGUACUUAGAGCUCGCAAGUUUGAUAUCUGAUUAUCUUGAGAAUAAUUUUCAAGGAAACAUUUCACAGGGGCGUGGUUACAUUGUCGAUAAACAGAUAUGUUUUAUGCUUGUGAGGAUCUGGAUGUUCCAAUGUCGUAUUUUGUUGAGGUUUUCUUACAAGCAAGAAAGUCAGAAGAAGUUGUCAUCCUCUGGCAUAUCUACUGACGGUGAUAAGAAAGAAGAUGAGAUGAACGUCAUUUUAGCAAGACUUAUCAAACACGUUCGUAACCAAAUGGCGUAUUUAGUAGACCUGGCAAAAGAAAAGCUUCAGGAUAGUUACUUUGCUGCCUAUCAAACUGUUCCCAUGUUUAGGUACAUCGUGUAUUUGGUAGACGUUGGUAGCUUAGUAUCUGCAACGAAUUGCUUUUGGGAAAAGAUUGCCGGUGAAGGUGAAAUACCGCCAAAAGUACAACAAGCCGUGAGAUUGAAAUGGGGGCUGGACUUUAAAAAUUCGAGAAGAAUCAAGCAAAAGUUAAUGAGCAGCCAAAGUUUGCAAAGUUUCAAUCAAAUUCUGCUAUGUCAGAUGGAGGAUGCAGUUCUUUCCAGCUCUUUUGGAAAAAAAGCCAAUGCCGUUAUGUCCGAAAAGCUAGCUGAAGGAUUUUUCAAUAUCAGCGAGGAAGAGGCUUUGAAUCAAUUAUUGGAAAACAGCAAUUUUGAUGCCUUUUGGGAUUUAUUAGGUGAAAAUCUGAGCGAUAUGCCUUCCUUGUAA